CGCCCACUUACAAUAUAUACACCGUACCUUAUUUCUCGUAAUAGAUCUGAGUGAGUUGGAUUAAAUAUACAAUGUACCAACAAUAAUUGCUAUUGUCUACGAAGUAAUUUGAAAACUAAUUACGGCUAUACUGGAUCGGUAAGACGAAACGUCCGAAAUGGGAAACAUAAUACGAUGGAUCAAACAGUAUAAAAAGGAAGAAUCAAUACUAAAAACCAAGUAUCAAUUACAUAAGCCAGUUAUGAACACAGUUGGAAUACAGUUGCAAAUGAAACCAAUUUUUAUUUCAAACAGCUAUAAGGAAUGCGGGACAUUGGAAAUUAAAUUUAAAAAACAAAUAAAUCCUGAAGAAAUAGAGUUUGACGAACUGGAGCCCAUUAGAUUGUCUAGAUGUAACGCAAAGAGGAUAUGGGCAUGUGAAAAACGCUGGAAGAACUCAAUGAUAGUGUUUUGUUUAAUUAACACAAACGAGGCAUGGGAAACAACAAUGGAGUAUACAAAUGUGUCCAUGUUCACGGGCACCAAACAAUUGAAAUUUAACCGCAAAGAGACUUUUGUGAUACAUUGUUGUUGUGAAUCAGUAGAGCAAAUUUGUCAAUCCUAUUUUAUUCCCAUGUACUCAUUUGUGGUAUAUAGGCAACACGAUGUUUACUAUCAAGAUACUAAACAGUUAUGUCACGAUGAAUCUACCUUUGUUGAAAAGAGAAGAAAGAUUGUGUUCCGCAAGAUGAUAAAGAAAGUCCAAAAAAGAAACGUCGAUAACUUUUCGAUCAAAAGUUUUGAAGAUGUACCAAAUAUUGCAAUUAUUGGUUCUGGUGGUGGUAUACGUGCUGUAAUUGGAAUGAGUUCCGCUAUGACUAUACUACAAGAGCAUCACAUUACAGAUUAUGCAAUGUAUACAGCUGGCUUAUCUGGAUCUGCAUGGUACCUUCUAACAUUGUAUGCUAAUGAUGACUUUAACUCACAUUCAGUUAAUGAGAGUAUUCGAAAAAACCUGCACAAAUUCAAUGGAACUAAAACUGUGAUACUAAAGAACAUUUUGACGAAUUUGGGAAAAGCAAUAUUUUUCAGUUUUGGAUGUAACGCUUCCUUUACUAAUGCAUUUGGAGAAAUGGUUGCUACUAUACUACUUGAAGGGAAGUUUAAAAACAAAUUGAGUGAUCGAACAAAAAUACUGCAGCAUGGUAAUUUUCCCUUGCCAUUGAUAGCUGCUCUGCAUGUUCGUGACAAGACCACAAGAUUUGAUCACAACGAAUGGAUUGAAUUGUCACCUUAUCAAGUAUUUAUACCAAGAUAUGGAGCUGCUAUUAACAUGAAGCAAUUUGGGAAAUCCUUUUACGGAGGAUUUUGUACAGAACAAAACGACGAGAAACCGAUCUCCUUUUUGCAAGGAAUGUGUGGAAGUGCUUACACAAUAUUCAGAGAUUUACGACCUUCAGGUAGAAGAGGGUACAAGUCCUUAAGUUGUACCAAGAAAGUGAUAUGGUAUUUGUUCAAUUUAUUUGAUAGUGUUUUUGUUGCAAAAGUGCCAAACAUCCUGCGUGGUAUAUCAAGCUUCGACCCUCUUCCUCUAGACAAAGAAGAUUGCAGUCAAUUGGGGCAGAAAAUGGAUCAAGAUGGUAACUAUGCAAUUGUAGAUAUACACAUUUUAAAUCAUAGUAUAACAGUAGCAGAAGUUAAUGGACCCAAUGAGGACAAACCAUUAUUUUCUAAAAUUUUCCAGCGAGAUAUUGAAAAUUUAAGUAACACUUCAGUAAUAGUUGGGGGUGAUUAG